UGUUUUUCUCAAUGUACCAAUAGAAUAAACUGCAAUAGUACACAUAAAUAACUCUACAAAUAGGUUAUAAAAACAAACAUUGGGUGAAUGGGUAUUUUGUGAUUGUGACUGUAGUACUUAUAAUAUUAAAAUGCAGCAAAGGGAAGAAAAACAACUGGAAACAGCUUUGGAAUCAAUUAUUCAGCGAGUGAACGAUUUAAAAAAUUCCAUAAUGUCAAUGAUAUUUAAAGUAGAGAAUGAAUAUGAAUCAAUUAACUGGCCAACAUUUUUAGAUAACUAUGCCCUAAUUUCUGGACAGUUGAUUUCUUUAUCAAAAGUUUUAAGUCACGACAAAUGUCCACCCUUAAGAAACUUAACAGUAUUACCCCUUUUGCUGUCCCCUGAAAAAGAUGAACAACUAGCUCAAAUGACUGAGCAUCGAGUUACUACUUUUGCAUAUGAUUUGGUGCCAGACUAUUUGAGAACAAAACUGGAACCUUUGGCAGAAACAAAAAUGGUACAACUUGAACACAAAGCUUCUGCCCUAACAUUUGAAAAUGCCCAGAAACAAGUGACUGCAUAUCAAAAGGUGAUACAACAUGUUUGGGAUAUUGUAAGUAAGGCUAGGGAAGAAUGGGAGGUGGAAGCUUCAUCUAGGGGUAAUACUCAACAAAAUUCCAGUGUUGCUGAUACACAUCUACUAGUUGCAGCCGUUGGAAUGGGAAAAGGUCUAAAGCUGGGUCCUGCACCAAAUGGCCAAACAAAUCAAACUUCUGGAGGUAUGAUGGUAGCGCCUCAAGGAAGACCAGGAGGACCUUCAGGACAAGGACCAAUGCCACCAAAUACACAGGCCAUGACAAUGAAUAAAGCUCCUUCUGCAAUUAAGACUAAUAUUAAGAGUGCAUCCCAAAUUCACCCCUAUAUUUUCAUCCCUUAUUUAAAUAUUUUGUUGAAGUUUUUAAAGAAAUCAACCACUCCGUUAUCUGCGACCCUGUGUAUGCAGGGUGUUUCAUAAACAGAUCGUUUCAGUUUUACUAGGUUUCACGAACAAGAGAGAGGACAUUUACUUUUAUGAUGAAGCGUGCACAAACUCCCAAUUUCCUAGUAAGAUUGAAACUAUCUAUGAGAACAUUUAGGAGAUUAUUAGGAAGAGAAAAAAAUAUAUAAACAUACAUCUUAAACGUCUUGCAUGAAAAACUGUAACUGCGUAAGAAAUCAGAAAAAGUCACCUUAUGUUUUAUGGAGAAGUAAACGGAGAACUAAUGGUAGCGAAAUUUGUCUUUAAUUCUAACAUUUUUGAAAUUCCAUGUUAUAAUGUAUAAACUGAAGCUGAAACAAUUUUACAGUUAAAAAAAGCAUUUCGGUGCUAUAGUUUUAUUUUUAAAAAUAGAACUAUAACAGGGAAGUGCCAUUUUUGACUCGAAAUUAACAGCUAAUAUGGAGAUACAAUUCAAAAUAUUUAAAAAAUUCUUAUUUAUAUAGUAUAUCAUAUAUACUGAAUAUGCAGCUAAUUGUGAAUUCGUAAUAUAAUUUUCGGACUAAGUAAUAGCAUGUGUGUCUUUGCAAACACACUUGCUGAUAUAAGAAAAAUGUAGGGAGAAUUUGAAUAUUCGACAAUAUUAACUGGCAACUUUUUAUUCUAAUUUCAAAAACGUUAGAAUUUGUACCUCCUUCGCUGACCUAUUAGUAGGAUAUUUUAAUAUAAUGAUGUUUAUCAUUUAUAUUUCUAUUGUGGAACACAAAAGAAUUUGCUUAAAAAUAGUUUGAAAUAUUGUCCCGAUUUUUUUAAAAUGGUUACUAUGUUAUUAAAUUGUGUAAAUAGUUUACGAAAUGAUUGUAUAAAAUUUAAUUGACAAAUAUUAAUUUUCAAUUUAUUUCAAAUAAUUUAUAUUGAUAGAUUGUCAUUUCUUUUGUGUUACCGCAAAUUAAAAAUCUUCAGAAUGUCUAUUAAUAUAUUUUAUGUGUUGAUUAUGUGAAUAUUUAUUUGUGUAUUUAAUAAAUAUUAUUAUUAAA